CAAAAAUCAGCCACACACUUACAAAGAACACACCCAGUCCAUAUCAUGCACUGUUACUUAUUUACACAUUUUGCAACAAUCACAGUAAACACAUUACAGUUUCCACCCAAGGGCCAUUCACAGUGUAAGGACAGUACAGCGUGGGGAUAUAUAUAUAAAGUCGCCCACUGUAUCCCUGUGUCCUCUUUCCAUGCUAACUGCACAGUUAGCCAUGGGCACAAUGCGAUUUCUUAUUUUGCUCUUAUGGAUGUGUCCACUUACAAAGCAGCAGAGCCUCCAGAGCGUGCUCACCAACAAUGCUUCCGUGCUGACGUCCUGCGACUUCAACAACAAUGACGAGCCAUUCUGUAGCUUCCGACAGGACCCGUUUGACGAUGGCGAAUGGAUCCGGCAUAGAGGUUCAACCCCGACAAUUGGAACGGGUCCUCCAGGAGAUUACCCCGAUGGAAAUGGAUUCUACAUCUAUCAAGAAGCCGACAACAUUGGAAAAAGACAGAGAAUUCGCCUGCUGAGUCCUUCUUUCUUCUUAACAUCGGCAGAACAGAUCUGUGUCCAAUUCCGAUAUUCCAUGUACGGCCCGGACAAUUCCAAUUCGUUGAGGCUAAUGGCAAAGUGGCAAAAUGGCCAGGAAGAGCUGUGGAAUAAAACUGGAUCCCAGAGUCCAUCGUGGCUAAAGGGUGCCGUCACCGUGACCAGUUCAAGUGAUCAGGAACUCACUAUUGUCUUUGAGGCUCAGCGAGGCGUCUCCACUUCCUGCGAUUCAGCACUCGACAACAUCGUCAUUAGCGAAGGAGCAUGUCCCACUUGCGUUUCAGGCUGCGACUUUGACAACCUGGACGACCUCUGUGGGUGGACUCUUUCCACAUCUGACGAGACAAUAUUUGGCUUUGAGCAAUGGAGUGGCCAAACAGAGACUGAAGGCACCGGACCUGAUGAUGACUUCUCCAAGCCGGGAUUGGGAUCCUACGUGCUGAUGGAUUCUACCUAUGCUACACCCGGACUUCAGGGAGAAAUCACAAGUCCUCUGAUAAACACUUCUUCUGGGUGCCUUGAUUUUACAUUCCAUUACUAUAUGUAUGGCACCAGCCGUAACAUGGAGCUCAGUGUCUUCAUCAUGACAAAGGGAGUCUUGGGAGCUGCUCUCCUCAAUGUCACUGGAAACCAGGGUCCAGGCUGGAAGCCUGCCAAUGUCCGUUACCUUGGCAACGCUCCGAUCCAGUUUGUUAUUUCGGGGACCUAUGGAGAGACUGCAGAAACCGAUAUUGCUGUUGAUGCUGUGUGUGUUAUGGCCUGUCAAGGUCAGCUAACCACGCCAGAACCACCCGUGCCAACUCCAACUAAUGGAACAACUACACCAAAACCCACCACUCCGAGACCAACUACGCCAAACCCAGUUCAGUGCCCUCCUAAUGCAGAGUACAUAGAAUGUGGCCCAGCUUGUAUCCCUACCUGCAUGGAACCCUCCACCAACUGCAGCGGCUCCUGCAUCACCGGCUGCUUUUGCAAACCAGGCUAUGUCUUCAAGGGGAAACACUGUGUGCCACUGGAGAAAUGUGGCUGCCUGGAUCACAAUAACAACUAUUAUGAGCCUGGUGAGAUUGUAUUUGGAGACGGCUGCUCCAAGCUCUGUCGCUGUGCAGGGAACUACACUUUGGAAUGUGUGGAUAAUAGCUGCGAUCCCACAGAGGAGUGUCGCGAGGUUAACGGUGUCGCCGGAUGCUACCCAAAAGGUACCUCUUCGUGCAUUGCCUCCGGUGAUCCACACUACACCACCUUUGAUAAGCGCAAGUACAACUUCAUGGGCAACUGCAGUUACCAGAUGACCGCAGUCUGCAAUAAGUCCGCGUUACCAUUCUUUGUUGUCAACGCUGACAAUGAAAACCGCUACAACAGACCCAGCAUCUCCUAUGUGAAGGCGGUUCAUGUGUAUGUUGUAUCUGGUCGUGUCUCCAUCUUCAAAGGUGGUGCUGUCCAGGUGAAUGGAAUCAAAGUCAACCUCCCAGUGAAUCCGUUUCCAGGCGUCUCUGUGUUCAAAUCAGGAAAGCACUACACCGUGUCCUUGGACUUUGGUGUGACUGUGCGCUAUGACGGAAACCACUUUAUGGACAUCAAAGUGAUUAAAGACUAUAAGAGUCUACUGUGCGGAUUGUGUGGCGAUUACGACGGCGAUGCUAAAGACGACUUCCGCAAGCCAGAUGGAUCGUUGACCAACAGUCCUAAUGACUUUGGAAACAGCUGGAACACUGAUCCAGAGUGUAACAAAAAACCAAACACCACUCAUCCCGGAUGUGAUGCAGAGGAGCAGAAGCUCUAUGAGAGCUCUGGAUACUGUGGCAUCCUGCUGAACAAAAACGGCCCUUUUGCUGCCUGUCACGCCAAGAUCAACCCCAAUGACUACUUCAAGGACUGUGUCUUUGACCUUUGCGUGCUCAAUGGCACUCAUGCCAUUCUGUGCGAAGCCAUCGAAGCUUACGUCAAUGAGUGCCAGGACCGUGGGGUCAACAUCAGACCCUGGAGGAACGAAACCUUCUGUCCUUUUAGGUGCCCCCCAAACAGCCAUUACCAGCCUUGCGCAGACCCCUGUCAGGAGACGUGUACAGGGAGACCCUCCUCCUGCAGCGGACCGUGCGCUGAGUCCUGUGUGUGUAAUCCCGGCUACAUCCUGAGCGCUGGCAAAUGUGUCACCAACUCCUCGUGUGGCUGCACAAACUCCAAUGGCCAAUAUUAUCAGCCCGGCGAGGAGUUCUAUGUUGAGGACUGUAACUUGAAGUGUCGGUGUGACGCACCCUUGAUCACCUGUCAGGCAUCUCAAUGCCCCCCAAUGCACGAGUGCCAAGUCCAAGGGGGAGAGUUGGGCUGCUAUCCCACAAGCACAACACCCAGACCAACAACUCCGAGGCCGACUACACCAAAGCCAAAUCAGUGUCCUCCCAAUGCAGAGUACAUAGAUUGUGGCCCAGCUUGUAUCCCUACCUGCAUGGAACCCUCCACCAACUGCAGCGGCUCCUGCAUCACCGGCUGCUUUUGCAAACCAGGCUAUGUCUUCAAGGGGAAACACUGCGUGCCACUGGAGAAAUGUGGCUGCCUGGAUCACAAUAACAACUAUUAUGAGCCUGGUGAGAUUGUAUUUGGAGACGGCUGCUCCAAGCUUUGUCGCUGUGCAGGGAACUACACUUUGGAAUGUGUAGAUAACAGCUGCGAUCCCACUGAGGAGUGUCGCGAGGUUAAUGGUGUCGCCGGAUGCUACCCGAAAGGUACCUCUUCGUGCAUUGCCUCCGGUGAUCCACACUACACCACCUUUGAUAAGCGCAAGUACAACUUCAUGGGCAACUGCAGUUACCAGAUGACCGCAGUCUGCAAAAAGUCUGCGUUACCAUUCUUUGUUGUCAACGCUGACAAUGAAAACCGCUACAACAGACCCAGCAUCUCCUACGUGAAGGCGGUUCAUGUGUAUGUUUUAUCUGGUCGUGUCUCCAUCUUCAAAGGUGGUGCUGUCCAGGUUAAUGGAAUCAAAGUCAACCUCCCAGUGAAUCCGUUUCCAGGCGGUUCUGUGUUCAAAUCAGGAAAGCACUACACCGUGUCCUUGGACUUUGGUGUGACUGUGCGCUAUGACGGAAACCACUUCAUGGACAUCAAAGUGAUUAAAGACUAUAAGAGUCUACUGUGCGGAUUGUGUGGCGAUUACGACGGCGAUGCUAAAGACGACUUCCGCAAGCCAGAUGGAUCGUUGACCAACAGUCCUAAUGACUUUGGAAACAGCUGGAACACUGAUCCAGAGUGUAACAAAAAACCAAACAGCACUCAUCCCAAAUGUGAUGCAGAGGAGCAGAAGCUCUAUGAGAGCUCUGGAUACUGUGGCAUCCUGCUAGACAAAAACGGUCCUUUUGCCACCUGUCACGCCAAGGUCAACCCCAAUGAGUACUUCAAGGACUGCGUCUUUGACCUUUGCGUGCUCAAUGGCACUCAUGCCAUUCUGUGCGAAGCCAUUGAAGCCUACGUCAAUGAGUGCCAGGACCGUGGGGUGAACAUCAGACCCUGGAGGAACGAAACCUUCUGUCCUUUUAGGUGCCCCCCAAACAGCCAUUACCAGCCUUGCGCAGACCCCUGUCAGGAGACGUGUACAGGGAGACCCUCCUCCUGCAGCGGACCGUGCGCUGAGUCCUGUGUGUGUAAUCCCGGCUACAUCCUGAGCGCUGGCAAAUGUGUCACCAACUCCUCGUGUGGCUGCACAAACUCCAAUGGCCAAUAUUAUCAGCCCGGCGAGGAGUUCUAUGUUGAGGACUGUAACUUGAAGUGUCGGUGUGACGCACCCUUGAUCACCUGUCAGGCAUCUCAAUGCCCCCCAAUGCACGAGUGCCAAGUCCAAGGGGGAGAGUUGGGCUGCUAUCCCACAAGCACAACACCCAGACCAACAACUCCGAGGCCGACUACACCAAAGCCAAAUCAGUGUCCUCCCAAUGCAGAGUACAUAGAUUGUGGCCCAGCUUGUAUCCCUACCUGCAUGGAACCCUCCACCAACUGCAGCGGCUCCUGCAUCACCGGCUGCUUUUGCAAACCAGGCUAUGUCUUCAAGGGGAAACACUGCGUGCCACUGGAGAAAUGUGGCUGCCUGGAUCACAAUAACAACUAUUAUGAGCCUGGUGAGAUUGUAUUUGGAGACGGCUGCUCCAAGCUUUGUCGCUGUGCAGGGAACUACACUUUGGAAUGUGUAGAUAACAGCUGCGAUCCCACUGAGGAGUGUCGCGAGGUUAAUGGUGUCGCCGGAUGCUACCCGAAAGGUACCUCUUCGUGCAUUGCCUCCGGUGAUCCACACUACACCACCUUUGAUAAGCGCAAGUACAACUUCAUGGGCAACUGCAGUUACCAGAUGACCGCAGUCUGCAAAAAGUCUGCGUUACCAUUCUUUGUUGUCAACGCUGACAAUGAAAACCGCUACAACAGACCCAGCAUCUCCUACGUGAAGGCGGUUCAUGUGUAUGUUUUAUCUGGUCGUGUCUCCAUCUUCAAAGGUGGUGCUGUCCAGGUUAAUGGAAUCAAAGUCAACCUCCCAGUGAAUCCGUUUCCAGGCGGUUCUGUGUUCAAAUCAGGAAAGCACUACACCGUGUCCUUGGACUUUGGUGUGACUGUGCGCUAUGACGGAAACCACUUCAUGGACAUCAAAGUGAUUAAAGACUAUAAGAGUCUACUGUGCGGAUUGUGUGGCGAUUACGACGGCGAUGCUAAAGACGACUUCCGCAAGCCAGAUGGAUCGUUGACCAACAGUCCUAAUGACUUUGGAAACAGCUGGAACACUGAUCCAGAGUGUAACAAAAAACCAAACAGCACUCAUCCCAAAUGUGAUGCAGAGGAGCAGAAGCUCUAUGAGAGCUCUGGAUACUGUGGCAUCCUGCUAGACAAAAACGGUCCUUUUGCCACCUGUCACGCCAAGGUCAACCCCAAUGAGUACUUCAAGGACUGCGUCUUUGACCUUUGCGUGCUCAAUGGCACUCAUGCCAUUCUGUGCGAAGCCAUUGAAGCCUACGUCAAUGAGUGCCAGGACCGUGGGGUGAACAUCAGACCCUGGAGGAACGAAACCUUCUGUCCUUUUAGGUGCCCCCCAAACAGCCAUUACCAGCCCUGCGCGGACCCCUGUCAAGAGACAUGUACGGGGAGACCCUCCUCCUGCAGCGGACCGUGCGCUGAGUCCUGUGUGUGUAAUCCCGGCUACAUCCUGAGCGCUGGCAAAUGUGUCACCAGCUCCUCGUGUGGCUGCACACACUCCAAUGGCCAAUAUUAUCAGCCCGGAGAGGAGUUCUAUGUUGAGAACUGUAACUUGAAGUGUCGGUGUGACGCACCCUUGAUCACCUGUCAGGCAUCUCAAUGCCCCCCAAUGCACGAGUGCCAAGUCCAAGGGGGAGAGUUGGGCUGCUAUCCCACAAGCACAACACCCAGACCAACAACUCCGAGGCCGACUACACCAAAGCCAAAUCAGUGUCCUCCCAAUGCAGAGUACAUAGAUUGUGGCCCAGCUUGUAUCCCUACCUGCAUGGAACCCUCCACCAACUGCAGCGGCUCCUGCAUCACCGGCUGCUUUUGCAAACCAGGCUAUGUCUUCAAGGGGAAACACUGUGUUCCACUGGAGAAAUGUGGCUGCCUGGAUCACAAUAACAACUAUUAUGAGCCUGGUGAGAUUGUAUUUGGAGACGGCUGCUCCAAGCUCUGUCGCUGUGCAGGGAACUACACUUUGGAAUGUGUGGAUAAUAGCUGCGAUCCCACAGAGGAGUGUCGCGAGGUUAACGGUGUCGCCGGAUGCUACCCAAAAGGUACCUCUUCGUGCAUUGCCUCCGGUGAUCCACACUACACCACCUUUGAUAAGCGCAAGUACAACUUCAUGGGCAACUGCAGUUACCAGAUGACCGGAGUCUGCAAUGAGUCUGCGUUACCAUUCUUUGUUGUCAACGCUGACAAUGAAAACCGCUACAACAGACCCAGCAUCUCCUAUGUGAAGGCGGUUCAUGUGUAUGUUCUAUCUGGUCGUGUCUCCAUCUUCAAAGGUGGUGCUGUCCAGGUGAAUGGAAUCAAAGUCAACCUCCCAGUGAAUCCGUUUCCAGGCGUCUCUGUGUUCAAAUCAGGAAAGCACUACACCGUGUCCUUGGACUUUGGUGUGACUGUGCGCUAUGACGGAAACCACUUUAUGGACGUCAAAGUGAUUAAAGACUAUAAGAGUCUCCUGUGUGGAUUGUGUGGGGAUUACGACGGCGAUGCUAAAGACGACUUCCGCAAGCCAGAUGGAUCGUUGACCAACAGUCCUAAUGACUUUGGAAACAGCUGGAACACUGAUCCAGAGUGUAACAAAAAACCAAACAGCACUCAUCCCAAAUGUGAUGCAGAGGAGCAGAAGCUCUAUGAGAGCUCUGGAUACUGUGGCAUCCUGCUGAACAAAAACGGCCCUUUUGCUGCCUGUCACGCCAAGAUCAACCCCAAUGACUACUUCAAGGACUGUGUCUUUGACCUUUGCGUGCUCAAUGGCACUCAUGCCAUUCUGUGCGAAGCCAUCGAAGCCUACGUCAAUGAGUGCCAGGACCGUGGGGUCAACAUCAGACCCUGGAGGAACGAAACCUUCUGUCCUUUUAGGUGCCCCCCAAACAGCCAUUACCAGCCUUGCGCAGACCCCUGUCAGGAGACGUGUACAGGGAGACCCUCCUCCUGCAGCGGACCGUGCGCUGAGUCCUGUGUGUGUAAUCCCGGCUACAUCCUGAGCGCUGGCAAAUGUGUCACCAACUCCUCGUGUGGCUGCACAAACUCCAAUGGCCAAUAUUAUCAGCCCGGCGAGGAGUUCUAUGUUGAGGACUGUAACUUGAAGUGUCGGUGUGAUGCACCCUUGAUCACCUGUCAGGCAUCUCAAUGCCCCCCAAUGCACGAGUGCCAAGUCCAAGGGGGAGAGUUGGGCUGCUAUCCCACAAGCACAACACCCAGACCAACAACUCCGAGGCCGACUACACCAAAGCCAAAUCAGUGUCCUCCCAAUGCAGAGUACAUAGAUUGUGGCCCAGCUUGUAUCCCUACCUGCAUGGAACCCUCCACCAACUGCAGCGGCUCCUGCAUCACCGGCUGCUUUUGCAAACCAGGCUAUGUCUUCAAGGGGAAACACUGUGUUCCACUGGAGAAAUGUGGCUGCCUGGAUCACAAUAACAACUAUUAUGAGCCUGGUGAGAUUGUAUUUGGAGACGGCUGCUCCAAGCUCUGUCGCUGUGCAGGGAACUACACUUUGGAAUGUGUGGAUAAUAGCUGCGAUCCCACAGAGGAGUGUCGCGAGGUUAACGGUGUCGCCGGAUGCUACCCAAAAGGUACCUCUUCGUGCAUUGCCUCCGGUGAUCCACACUACACCACCUUUGAUAAGCGCAAGUACAACUUCAUGGGCAACUGCAGUUACCAGAUGACCGCAGUCUGCAAAAAGUCCGCGUUACCAUUCUUUGUUGUCAACGCUGACAAUGAAAACCGCUACAACAGACCCAGCAUCUCCUACGUGAAGGCGGUUCAUGUGUAUGUUCUAUCUGGUCGUGUCUCCAUCUUCAAAGGUGGUGCUGUCCAGGUUAAUGGAAUCAAAGUCAACCUCCCAGUGAAUCCGUUUCCAGGCGGUUCUGUGUUCAAAUCAGGAAAGCACUACACCGUGUCCUUGGACUUUGGUGUGACUGUGCGCUAUGACGGAAACCACUUCAUGGACAUCAAAGUGAUUAAAGACUAUAAGAGUCUACUGUGCGGAUUGUGUGGCGAUUACGACGGCGAUGCUAAAGACGACUUCCGCAAGCCAGAUGGAUCGUUGACCAACAGUCCUAAUGACUUUGGAAACAGCUGGAACACUGAUCCAGAGUGUAACAAAAAACCAAACACCACUCAUCCCGGAUGUGAUGCAGAGGAGCAGAAGCUCUAUGAGAGCUCUGGAUACUGUGGCAUCCUGCUGAACAAAAACGGCCCUUUUGCUGCCUGUCACGCCAAGAUCAACCCCAAUGACUACUUCAAGGACUGUGUCUUUGACCUUUGCGUGCUCAAUGGCACUCAUGCCAUUCUGUGCGAAGCCAUCGAAGCCUACGUCAAUGAGUGCCAGGACCGUGGGGUCAACAUCAGACCCUGGAGGAACGAAACCCUCUGUCCUUUUAGGUGCCCCCCAAACAGCCAUUACCAGCCUUGCGCAGACCCCUGUCAGGAGACGUGUACAGGGAGACCCUCCUCCUGCAGCGGACCGUGCGCUGAGUCCUGUGUGUGUAAUCCCGGCUACAUCCUGAGCGCUGGCAAAUGUGUCACCAACUCCUCGUGUGGCUGUACAAACUCCAAUGGCCAAUAUUAUCAGCCCGGAGAGGAGUUCUAUGUUGAGGACUGUAACUUGAAGUGUCGGUGUGACGCACCCUUGCUUACCUGUCAGGCAUCUCAAUGCCCCCCAAUGCACGAGUGCCAAGUCCAAGGGGGAGAGUUGGGCUGCUAUCCCACAAGACCACCUACACCUGAACCAACAACUCCAGUAGUACCUACGCCAAAUGCAACAACUCCAGGAUGGACGACACCUAACCCAACAACGACACCAAUUCAAUGCCCUCCCAAUGCAGAGUACAUAGAAUGUGGCCCAUCUUGCAUCCCUACCUGCAUGGAACCCUCCACCAACUGCAGCGGCCCCUGCAUCACCGGCUGCUUUUGCAAACCAGGCUAUGUCUUCAAGGGGAAAUACUGUGUGCCACUGGAGAAAUGUGGCUGCUUGGAUCACAAUAAUAAUUAUUAUGAGCCUGGACAUAUUAUGUAUGCGGAUGGCUGCUCCAAGCUUUGUCGCUGUGCAGGGAACUACACUUUUCAAUGUGAGGAUAGUUCUUGUGCUCCCACUGAAGAGUGUCGAGAGGUUAACGGUGUCCCAGGAUGCUACCCUAGAGGAGCGUCUACGUGCAUUGCAACGAGUGAUCCACACUACACGACCUUUGACAAGCGCAAGUACAGUUUCAUGGGCAACUGCAGCUACUUGAUGUCGGGCGUCUGCAGCGCAACACCUUUCCCAAGCUUUGAAGUCUACGCUGAUAACGAGAACCGCUAUAACAAUCCCUCCAUCUCUUACGUGAAAGCCGUACAUGUAGACGUACACAAGGUCAAGGUCUCGAUCCUUAAAGGUGGCUCGGUGCUUGUGAAUGGGUCUAAAGUGAACCUGCCUGUGACCCCGGCUGCGGGUGUUUCCGUGUUCAAAUCUGGAAGGCGCUAUACCGUGUCCAUGGAUUUUGGUGUGGUUGUGCGCUAUGACGGAAACCACUUUAUGGACAUCAAAGUGAUUCAAGACUACAAGAAUGUACUCUGUGGACUAUGUGGGGAUUACAAUGGAGACUCCAAAGAUGACUUCCGUCAGCCGAAUGGCUCAUUGACCAGCAAUGUCAAUGAGUUUGGACACAGCUGGAACACUGAUCCAAAGUGUAAGAAGCCCAACAUCACUGAUCCGGGAUGUGACGAAGAAGAGGAGAACCUCUACGAGAGUUCUGCAUAUUGUGGUUUGCUACUGGACAAGAAGGGUCCUUUUGCUGUGUGCCAUCCCAAGGUCAACCCCAAUAAUUACUUCCAGGAUUGCGUCUUUGACCUUUGCGCACUGGAUGGUGCCAAGCCUGUUUUGUGCGAAGCCAUUGAAUCGUAUGCUAAUGAGUGCCAAGAUCGCGGAGUUGACAUUGGAUCCUGGAGGAAUCAAACUUUCUGUCCGGUGAGCUGCCCCGCCAACAGCCACUACGAGCCAUGCGCGGACCCCUGUCAGGAGACGUGUUCAGGCAAACCGCCAUCUUGCAGCGGACCGUGCACUGAGUCCUGUGUGUGUAAUCCCGGUUACAUCCUGAGUGCUGGCAAAUGUGUCAGCAACACUUCGUGUGGUUGCAAACACACCAACGGCCAAUAUUAUCAGCCUGGAGAGGAGUUUUAUGCUGAGAACUGUAAUUCGAAGUGUCGAUGUGACGCACCCUCGGUCACCUGUAAACCGUCUCAGUGCCCCCCAAUGCAUGAGUGUAAACUCCUGGAGGGGGAGCUGGGUUGCUAUCCGACAGGCUCACAGGACUGCAUCAUCUCUGGAGAUCCACACUACAACACAUUUGACAAAAGGUUUUACAGUUUCAUGGGCACCUGUACCUACACGCUGGCCAGAACUUGCAGAAAUAACACCGGGCCUUGGUUCUCAGUGGAAGGGAAGAAUGAAGAGAGAGGGCUACCGGGAGUGUCCUACCUGCGAAAGCUCUACAUCACAGUGGAUGGAAUCACUGUGACAUUGAUGAAAGCCAAGAGGACCCUGGUGAACGGACUACGUGUGGCGCUACCUCACUCCCCGACUCCCACUGUGACCGUCAGUCGUGCCGGUCAGUAUGUCACGGUGCAGACGUCCUUUGGCCUCCAAGUACGCUGGGAUGGAAACCAUUUUGCCCAGAUCUCAGUACCCAGCUCCUAUCAAGACCAGAUGUGCGGCCUGUGCGGCGACUUGGACGGGAACCCGAACAACGACUUCACCAAACCAGAUGGCGUCCUCGUCGCUAACGUCAAUGACUUCUGUAACAGCUGGCAGACGGAAGAAGAUGAAGACGACUCGUGUUCCCCAGGCACCAAGCCUGACCCAGAAUGCGAUCCCAAACUCGAGGCCGAGGUGGUCAAACCGGAGAAAUGUGGAAAACUCUACGAUACAGCGGGGCCCUUCCGGGAGUGUGUCAAUGUGGUGAAUCCCACCCCCUUCUUCCUGAGCUGUGUGUACGACAUGUGCCGGUUCAACGGGCAGCAGCAGGAACUUUGUGACCAGCUCCAGGCCUACACGGAGGCCUGUCACAGUGCCGGAGCCAAAGUCCACCAGUGGAGGAGUCCCCACUUCUGUCCCCUGGACUGCCCCGCCAACAGCUCGUACUCGCUGUGCGUGAGCUCCUGUCCGGAGACGUGCGCAGGCAUGGUGGGAGCCCCCGGCUGCGGCGACGUGUGCGUGGAGGGCUGCGCCUGCAACCCGGGCUUCAUCCUCAGCGACGACAAGUGCGUCUCACUCAAAGACUGCGGCUGCCUCAACCCAGCUGGAACGUACCAUCCCGUGGGCGAUGGCUGGUACUCGGAGGGCUGUAAGCAGAAGUGCACGUGCCAAGAUGGAGGCAUGAUCCACUGCUCCAACAGUAGCUGCCAAGCUGCAACCGAGACCUGCCAGCUACACGACGGAGAGUACAAGUGCCGUCCUUUGGGAAACGGCAUAUGCUCGGUAUCCGGUGACCCGCACUACACCACCUUUGACAAACGCACCCACCAUUACAUGGGAGCCUGCUCGUACACGCUGACCAAGCCUUGCAACGCUUCGUCCUCCGGCUUGCCUUACUUCAGCGUGGACACCCAGAAUGAGCGCAGGGGCAGCAACAAGAGAAUUUCCUACGUCAAGGCUGUGGUGAUCCAAGUGAACGAUGUGACCGUCAUCCUCGGCAAGGGCAGGACUGUCCAGGUAAACGGGACGGCGGUAGUCCCGCCUGUUGCAUGGAUCGGCGGCGUUAACAUCUACUUUAGUGGCAAGUUUGUCGUCCUGGAGACGUCUUUCCACCUGAGGGUGAGAUUUGAUGGUAACCACCACGCUGACGUCACCGUGCCCACUUCCUACAACGGCCAGCUGUGCGGAAUGUGUGGAAAUUUCAAUGGAAAUCCCAAAGAUGACAACUUGAAACCAGACAAGACGCCCGCUUCCACCACCAAUGAACUGGGAGACAGCUGGCAGGUUCCUGACCCAAGGCCCGAUUGUACCAACAGUGGCGGCCAAGAUGACUGCGACCCAAAAGUGGAGGAGGAAGCGCAGAAGCCGACAAGCUGCGGCAUGAUCGCUGAUCCAAAGGGUAUCUUCAAGCCGUGUCACUCGGUCGUCCCCCCUGAGCCUUACUUGGAAAACUGCGUGUAUGACAUGUGCGCCACGGGCGGCCAGACCGUCGCCCUGUGCCAGGCGGUGGAGAGCUACGCCGACAUGUGUGCCGCGGCGGGAGUCCCCAUCGCGUGGAGGAGCAACACCUUCUGCCCUCUCAAAUGUCCCACUGGCAGUCAUUACACGCCGUGCGGGUCCGCCUGCGCCCAGCCCAGCUGUCAGGAUCCGGCAGGCCCGGAGGGCCCCUGCAACCAGCCAUGCGUGGAGGGAUGCGUGUGUGACCCCGGCCUCAUUUUGAGCGGCGACAAAUGCGUGCCGCUCAGCCAGUGUGGCUGCACCGACGAGAACGGAAAGUACAGGCCGGUCGGCGGGACGUGGUUCACGAAAGCCGACUGCUCGGAGCGUUGCGAGUGUCACGGCAACCGCAACGUCACUUGCGAGCCGUGGCGCUGCAGCCCUGCGCAAGAGUGCAAAGUGCUGGAGGGGGUGCUGGACUGCCACUCCACAGACAAAGGAGUGUGUCACGUGGCUGGAGACCCUCACUAUUACACCUUUGACGGCCUCAUGCACACCUUCAUGGGCACUUGCACUUACACUCUCGUCGAGGUAUGUAACCCCACCAUGGUGACCCCUUUCCGGAUCGUGGCGAAAAACGAGGAGCGCGGCCAACCGGAGGCCUCCUACGUCCGCUCCGUCAAGGUUUACCUGCCUCACGGCACCCAGAUUGAGCUGCAGAAGGGCCGCAGAGUUCUGCUUAACGGUCGACGGGUGCGAACACCGACUUCUGUGACCACGGCCGGGGCGAAGGUGAUCAGCAGCGGCGCCUACAUUCUCUUAGACACCAACUUUGGUCUGCAAGUCAAAUUUGAUGGCGUUCAUCACCUGGAGAUCACUGUACCCGGCCAAUACUUCAAUAAGCUGUGCGGCAUGUGCGGCAACUACAACCACAACUCGUCUGACGACAACCUGAAACCCGACAAGCAACCCGCCAAGGACGUCAUCCAACUGGGCAACAGCUGGAAGUCCGAAGGAGACAGCGAUCCCGGCUGUCAGCCUGACAAGCGGCCCGACGUGCACCCCGACUGCACGCCGGAGGAAGAGGCGGCGUUCGAGUCCCAGUGCGCCAGCGUGCUCAUGUCAGACAGCUUCCGGGCCUGCCAUUCUCUGGUGCCUCCCGAAGCCUUCACUGGCAACUGCGUGUACGACAUGUGCGAAUACGACGGCAUGCAGGCCACCCUCUGCGACAACGUGGAGGCCUACGCUCAAGCCUGCAGCAGCGCCGGGGUCACCAUUAGCUGGAGGAAUCAAACCUUCUGCCCGUUGCCGUGCGCCCCUAACAGCCACUAUUCGGACUGCACGGUCCCUUGCCCCCCUACCUGCUCGGACCUGUUCCCCAUCUUCUGCCACCUGCCGUCCACCACCUGCGUGGAGGGCUGCCAAUGUAACGCCGGCUUUGUCCUCAGCGACGGCAAGUGUGUGCCUCUGGAAAAAUGCGGCUGUCUGGAUUCCGACGACGAGUACCACGACGUGGGAGACUCGUGGCUGACAGCGAAAUGCGUUUCCAAGUGUACCUGUAACCUCGGCGGCCUGGUCUCAUGCACGGAGCACAGCUGUGAUUCCAACUCAGUUUGCGACCUGGACAAAUUCGGAGAUGUCUACUGCAAGCCUGCAAAAUUCGACAAGUGCAGCGUGUCAGGGGAUCCUCACUACCGAACCUUCGACGGAUUCACGCACCACUUCCAGGGGCCUUACACGUACGUCCUGACAAAGGACUACCAGCAGCAGCAAAGCUCGCUGGCUUCCCUGACCGUCAGAGGCAAGAAUAUCCGACGAGGAGGCAACAGGAGGGUGUCCUUCCUGGACCAGCUCUUUAUCGACGUCUAUGGCGUCAACGUACGCUUCGUGCAGGCCAAUCGAGUCCUGGUGAACGGGGAGAUCAUUUCGCCCCCUGUGAGUCCGGUCGAAGGUUUACUCAUCACCAUGAACUCCAGGCAGCUUCAGCUCACCACCGACUUUGGACUCACCGUGCGCUUCGACGGCAGAAGUCGUGGAGAGAUCAUCCUGCCUAGCACGUACAAGAACGCCGUCAGAGGGCUGUGCGGAAACUACGACGGAAUCCGCUCCAACGAAUACAUGAAGCCGGACGGGACCAUCAUCAGGAACCUGAACGUCUUCGGGGAUAGCUGGAGGGUCACAGACCGACUGGCGCCCGCUCCUCCCUACAGCGCUUUGAUAGCGUCACGCCACGUCCAUCUUCACAGGCGAGAAGUGGAGAUGGAUCCAGAUUCGGGAUUCGAGACAUCAGACUGCUCCGAGGACGAACUAGCCGACUACAGCAGUUCCACCAAGUGCGGCGCCAUAACUGAUGGCGCGGGUCUUUUUGCCUCCUGCCACGCUGUCUUGCCACCCGCUGACUACCACGAAGACUGCAUGUUCGAUCUGUGCGCUGAAAAGGGCAGCGAAGAACUGCGCUGUGCUAGCUAUGACACCUACGCCGCCGCCUGCCAGGACGCCGGAGUCAAGCUUGGGGCCUGGAGACAAAAGCUGGGCUGCGUGCUGUCGUGCGAAGGCAACAGUACGUACACGGCGUGCAUGUCUGCGUGCCCGGCCUCCUGCGCCGAUCUGGCCGCGCAGUCUGAGUGCGCCGCCACCGCCUGCGUGGAAGGAUGUCAGUGCGCGCCCGGUUUUGUCAUGAGCGGGGGCAGCUGCGUGCCAUAUGCGCAGUGCGGCUGCAACUUCCUCAACAGAUACUACCCACUGAAGGAAACUUUUGUGACCGAAGACUGCGCGCAGGCCUGCGAAUGCACCCCCACCGGUGCCGUGUGCCAAGCCAAGAGCUGCCGGGAGGGCUACGUCUGCGCCAUUUACGACUACAAACGCGACUGUCACAGAGCGAGUCCGUGCCUCAGCAGCCCCUGUCAGAAUGGAGGAACGUGUAACGAAAUCAACAACGCGUCUUACUCGUGCAACUGUGCUCCAGGCUACGAGGGCUUCAAUUGCCAGGACGUGAUCACGGGCCCCGAAGGACUUGAAACCAAAUGGAUCAUUCUGAUUGCUGUACUGGUGUCAGUGGCCGUUGUCGUCGUCAUUGUAAUCACCGUUGUGUGCGUUUGCAAAAGCGUCAACAAAAACAAGAGGAAAGACCACGAGAUCCAAAUGAGUUCAAACAAUGUGCCAUAUGAGAACAUGGAUGAACAGACAACAAACAACAUGACAAAUAUGUGAUAUUAAUAAUAAUCAUCCUCUUUUUCUGUGUGAUUUGUAAUUUAUUCCUCAGUUCAAAUUAAAUGGAACGGAAUAGUUUUGGUCAAUGUUCUAUGUACUCCACUUUUGUGUCGCUUUCUUAACUUAUGGAGUCAAACAUGUAAAUGAAACAAUGACUAGUACUUUUAUGAAUUUUCUUGUGAACUAAAUACCAAACUCAUUAAAAAAUAUAUUUUAAAGAUC